AUGGUUUUGCCCCAUAACUUUCGUUGCGAUAUGUCUGUGAAUCCUUUGACGGUGCGCACCAUACUUCGAGCCCCACCCCUUCUCCUCAAGACGUUGUUAAACCAUUACUUCAAACAUGUUAUCAAGAAGAAGCCUGGAAAGUCCUCGACUCGGUUGCGCCGUGACGAACUUCUCUACGACGAAAUGUUCAGUCUUCUCAAGAUGUUCCUGACUUUAGCCGCAAAUCAUACGAUAGAAGAGUUCCAAGCUUUCAGUAAUAACCGGACAAGCUCUCCCCGUCGGUUUCAUGUCGAGCGUUUAUUGGUACCCAUGUCAUCUUGCGAAGACGCUGCGAAAUAUCUGGUGAAGGCUUUGGGUGGUCAAGAUGUGGCUCGACGGGUUGUAGGCGGUGUGAAGUGGUGGCAAGUCAGGGCCAUCAAUGGUGUCGAUGCAGAGUGGAUAACGACGAAGAAAGACUUACGAGAGGCCAACAGACGCGACAAGGCAAAGGCACAGUCAACGCUUGCCGCUGCACCUGCGACCAAGGCAAUGGAGGAAUUGAAAGUACAUACCAGAGAGCCUGAUCUUGGUCCAGAAACGGAUGAAAUGCGCUGCUUUUUGUAUCUUCACGGUGGUGGAUAUUACGUCGGAAGCUUGGAUCAAGAACGAUCCAGCAUUCAUCAGCAUGCUCAGCUCAUUAAUGGACGUGUGUUUGCGAUAAACUAUCGUUUGGCGCCGCAAUAUCCCUUCCCUUGCGCGAUUCAGGAUGCUCUAGCUGCCUACUUGUAUCUCAUCAAACCACCGCUGGAGGCCAAACAUCGUGCCAUCAAGCCAUCCCACAUCUUGCUUUCCGGGGAUUCCGCCGGUGGCGGCCUUUCCCUAGCCUUGCUUCAAGUCAUUCGGGAUAGCGGAUUGCCCUUACCUGCGGGCGCCGUCCUUGUCUCCCCGUGGUGCGAUCUCAACCAUUCCUUUCCGAGUAUUACAACCAAUACGGAUACCGACAUUAUACCAAAGUAUGGCCUGUCUAUUUCAAAACCCAGUCCUUUGUGGCCGCCGCCGUCGCAGGCACCCUGUACGGCUGCCGGUACUCUCACGACACAGGAUCAAGAAUUACAGACGAUCCAUUCCAGACCGACUGAAUCCGGUGAAGUUUUGACGAUCGAGUGGCAGAUGCAUCCGUAUUCUCAAAAUAGCCUGCUGAGGCAUCCUCUGAUCAGUCCCGUCCUGUCGUAUCUAGGAGGUUUACCACCUCUGUUGAUCAUUGCCAGCGGGAAGGAAGUUCUCUGCGAUGAGAUCGUUUACACCGCUCAUAAAGCUGCAGACCCUGAGAAGUACCCUGUUCGGGAGGAAAUCCGAAAGCUGUAUCCCGCGCUUGAUGGGAUAGAAAUGCGGUGUGGAAAAACGAAGGUCCAUCUCCAAGUGUAUGAUGGUGCAGAUGCUGCCCAUACGCUUCCUACGCAAUUUGGAGGCACUCCUCCGGCCAAAGCCGCUUACGACGCUAUCCGGUUGUUUGCUCGACGUGUCACUGGAAUGGAAGCUACAGCUCACUCCGUGAGUUCAAGCUCCUUGCUUUCCCUCUCCAUUAUGGCUAAUCUGUCCCUUCAUCAGGAUAACAAUGGUUUCAUUCGGGAACGUGUUUCAGUCAAGGGCGCCGUCAGGCCCUUGGAAGCAACAUCAGACCUGGAGGCGAUGAAGAUACCCCCCGAGUUCGUUGGUGUGAUGUCCGAGUCUGCUGCUGAACAGAUCAUCGAAGGACACAAGGUGUUUAAAAAGAAAUUUUCUCAUACGGAGAAGGCUAUAGAGAGGCGCAGGAAGGAAAAUCUCAGGCGUGCGGAGAACUAUGAGGAAAAGGGUUCGGCUCAGUGGUCACUUGAUGAAGGGGAAGUACCUCCACCUGGGUGCAAUGUUGUUCGACGGGAUAACGUUGAAGCUAGGCGCCUGGCAAAACAGAUGGCGCAACGUUUUAUUACGGGAUAA